UUUUUAUUUUCACUCACAACAAAAAUUCCCACCACCAAAUAUCUUCAAGUCUCACAUCCUCCUGGACAGCUACAUUAUUACUAUAUAACUUCACUCUUGGAGCCAAAAAUGGAGAAUCAUCAGCGGAUAAUCAAGCAGGAGGAAGACAUGGAGGAAGGGCAUGAAUUUUCCGGAAAUGACAAGAAGAAGAUCAGAAGUGGCAAUAAUGGUGCAAGAAAAAUAGGAAACACUGGGAGUAAUGUGAGCGGUGGGGGCUCGGGGAGUCCUCCGAUGAGGUGCUGCCAGGCAGAGCGGUGCAGUGCGGAUUUGAACGAUGCGAAGCAGUACCAUAAGAGGCACAAAGUGUGUGAGUACCAUGCAAAGGCUCAGGUUGUCGUUGUUGCCGGAGUUGGUCAGCGUUUUUGCCAGCAAUGUAGCAGGUUUCAUGAGCUGUCAGAAUUUGAUGAAACAAAGAGAAGCUGCCGUAGGAGACUGGCUGGGCAUAAUGAGCGCAGAAGGAAGAGCUCAUCGGAUUCUCAGGGAGAAGGCGGUGGUUCAUCUUCCCGGAAAGGAAGUACAGCAGCUGGGGGUAGUAAAGACCUUUGUGGGAAGGUUCAGAUAAGCUCUAUGCAAGAAAAUGCCACUACUUUCAAACACUUCCAGAUCAGAUGAAUCCAUGCUUUCAAGUCUGCUCAAGUGUUUCAUCAUCUUCAGCUGUAAUGUAUUCAUGCAUGCAUGUAUAUAUAUCCUGUGCUAGCUCUCUCUCUUCUGUCAUCCCUCUCGAGCAACUAAUGAAUAAGAAAAUUACUGUUUGAAACAAGAAAUGCAUGUAAUCUGAAUUCUGAUGAUGACUGCUGUAGGUUGUAGAAUCAGAGUUUAUUUAUAAAAUUGCCUAAGUUUUAAGUAUUUGCAUUA